AUGGAAAAAAGUUGUCAUCCCAGGAAGGAAGUGUAUCAUGAUGCAGGCCAACCGGAAUACGUGCCAACGUGUAAAAAAAGGAAACUUGAUGAAGAUGACUGCGAUGACUUUACUUCUAAAAAGACAAAUUUUGAGAAAAAUCCACCUGCACUCACUUCUCUGGACAUAGACGAACUUCUUAAAAAUCUGGUUAAAACUGGUUUAAUUAAAAUAAAUUCAGCAAAGAGUGAUCAAGUGGAAAUGUUGAAUAAAACAUUGACCGGUUACAAUAAACAAAACAGUCCGAUAUUAUCAACAACCACAACAACAACAAGCGAAACAUCAAAACAAUUACAAUUAAAAGUUAAAUCUACCAGAGUAGAUCCAAGAAUUACAAGUAAUUUGCGCAAAGGACUGCUCUGUGAUAUUUGUGGAGUGAAGUUUAGACAUGAAAAUCCAUUCAGGUUUUUGAAAGAUAGAAAGAUUAGAGUAUCGGCAGAAGAGAGAUUAAAGAACCAUAUUCAAGAGCAUUCACUGAAGAACUCAGCUAAACAUAAAAUCUAUUACAUAAAAUUAGAUGAAUGGGUGAAACUGGACUGUAGAAAUGUUUCAAUUGAUUACGGAGAGCCAAUUGUUGUUGCUGCAACUACAAAAAAGUUGGAAGAGAAAACAGGAUCAAAUCUUUCAACCAAAAAAAGGAAAAAGGAUGAAGAUUAUAAAUAUGUCAAAAAUGUUCAUGAGGAAGAAGAUGAUGACGAUACCAAACUAACGGAGGAAAUGUAUAAUCAGAUCGUAAUGAAGUACAAGAGACCUGUCGCAUUGUAA